AUGGCUUCCACUGAGCCUCAGGCUGACUCUGUCGAUGUCGUCAUUGUGGGCGGCGGCAUCAUUGGCCUCGUGCUUACGGUCGGCCUCCUUCGAGUAGGUGUCAAAGUCAAGGUCUACGAGCAAGCGCAAGGAUUUCGCGAAAUUGGCGCUGGCAUCGCAUUCACCGCCAAUGCAAUUCGCUGCAUGAACUUGAUCGACCCUGCCAUCCCGGUGGCCCUUCGAUCCAGUGGAUCAGUUGCUACGUCGAACGGUGGCGACGAAGAUCCCAACGACUAUCUGCGCUGGAUCGACGGAUACGACCGACAGCGCGACGACCCGUCCCUACAGCAGCUGUUCUUCAAGCUCAACGCGGGUUACAGGGGCUUCGAGGGUUGUCGCCGGGAUCAGUUCCUGGAGGCUCUCGUGAAGGUCAUCCCUCCAGGCGUUAUAGAGCUGAAAAAGCGCUUGGAGACUGUGCAUGACAAUGGAAGUGAAAACAAGCUCCUGCUCACAUUCCAAGAUGGCACGACAGCUGAGGCUGAUGCCGUGAUUGGAUGCGAUGGCGUAAAGUCGACCCUUCGACGCAUCAUGUUUGGAGACGACCACCCUGCAUCGCGUCCCCGGUACUCACAUUGCGUGGCCUAUCGGACCCUGAUUCCUAUGGACAAGGCCGUGAGCGCCCUCGGGGCGUACAAAGCCACGAACCAGCACAACCACGUCGGCCCGAACGCCAACAUACUGCACUAUCCGGUGGCCAACAAUACCAUGAUCAACGCCGUGGCCUUCAUUCGCGACCCCAAUGAAUGGACUGAUGAGAAGACGGUGGCUGAAGGCACCAGGGAUGAUGUCAAGGCUGCGGUCCGAGGGUGGAGUCAGCCUGUACUCAACCUCGUAGACUGCUUCCCUGACACGCUGAGCAAAUGGGGUAUAUUCGACCUUUGGGAAUUCCCGGUUCCGAGUUACAACGUCGGCAGACUGAGUCUCGCCGGUGACGCAGCCCACGCAAGCAGUCCACACCACGGUGCUGGUGCCUGUAUGGGCAUAGAGGACGCGCUCUGCCUUACCACCUUGAUGGAGCAAGUUGUCGUCGAGGCGCAAAAAAGCCCCGGCGACAAAGGCCGGGCGCUAAUUGCAGCCCUCGACACUUACAGCGCAGUGCGGCAGACGCGCAGCCAGUGGGUCGUCAACAGCAGCCGUCGCGUGUGCGACCUUCACCAGCAGCAGGAGUGGGCCGAUGCGACGAAGCUAAUCAAGGCCCAGACGUGCUUUGAGGAGGUCAAGGACCGGUCGCUCAAGAUCUGGCACUUUGACUACGAGAGGAUGGUCAGGGAUUCACUUCAAGGUUACAAGCAGCGGCGCGCACCCAUCAACGGUGCCACAAAGGACAAGAAUCUUUAUUAG